AUGGCCAAGGCUGAGGGAUGUAUUGAUGUCUUCAACUUUGUGAAAAGAGGGAGAGAAAACAGAAUGAACUUUGUUCAAACAGCAGAGCAAUAUGAGUUUAUCCACACCGCUGUAAUGGAAGCUACCCUAUGUGGAGACACUUCAAUUCCAGCAUCAGAUUUCCGGCAGAUUUAUGGUAAAUUACAGACAGUUGAUAGAAAGACCAAAAAAUCACAACUGCAAGUACAAUGGGAGAAUCUUGGCAAAGUGAGUCGUAAACCCAGAGCAGAUGAAUGUGAAGUAGGAAAACUCGAAGAAAAUUCUGACAAGAAUAGAUUUAAUAAUAUCUUACCAUUUGAUCGUCGUCGACUUCGUUUAAUGACACCAGUGUAUGAUGAUGAGUUUUCAACUGACUAUAUCAAUGCAAGCUUUGUGAGCGCAUAUACAGUGAAAGAAUCAUUUAUGGUAACUCAGAUGCCAUUACCAAAUACUAUUGUAGAUCUUUGGAGAAUGGUGUAUGAUUACAAAUCAACAUCUAUUGUUAUGCUCAAUGAUAUGAAUCACAAUGAUAUGACUCUUGGACAAUACUGGCCUGAUGAGGGUGUUAUGCAGUGUGGACCAUUUCUGUUGGAGACUGUGAAAACUGAUAACAUGAAAAAUAUAACAACAAGAACAAUACAUCUGACAAAUGCAAAGGGAGUAGUACAAAUAAUUCAGCAGUUUCAGGUGACAUGUUGGCCAGCUGAUCAGGAAUUCCCAACAAGUAAAUCUGUCAUUGUUGAUCUGAUGUCCAUGGUAGAAAAAUGGCAAAAGCAAACUGGAAAUGGUCCAGUGACUGUUCACUGCAUCAAUGGUAUUGGUCGUUGUGGUGUAUAUUGUGCGUCAGUGUCUACUUGUGAUAGAAUCAAAGUGGACCAGAUGGUUGACAUUUUCCAAGCUGUGAAAGCACUCAGAGCUAAUCGACCACACAUGGUAGAAAGUAUGGCUCAGUAUAAAUACUGCCAUGAUGUCAUCUUGGAUUAUUUUGAAUCUUUUGAUACAUAUUCCAACUUCCAGUAA